AUGCAGGGAACAGAUAGUGAGCCCUCGGUACUUCGCAGCUUCCAGGGUGCCACAGAUGUGCGGCUUACUUCGGCAGCGCUACUGCGGGGGAAGGACCAAGUGGUGGCCGGGACCCAGGACGGCAGCCUCCUGAUUUGGAAUCUCGCCCCCGGGCGGCCCAGACCGUAUCGGCUGACAGGACAGAGUGGCUCCAUUACCUGCGUCAAGGCCAGUAGAUCUGGCAAAACAUUGGUCUCAGCUUCAACGGAUUCCACAGUGGCCAUCUGGAAGUCGCAGGUCGACAAGAGGCAGGAGCCCGCAAUGCUGAAACUGCAUUUCAGCCCUGUUCGCUGCUGUGACAUUUCCACAGAUGAGCGAUUGCUUCUUACGGCCUCGGAUGACAAGACCGUAAAGCUGACGUGGCUGACGGAGCGAAAGUUUGCGGCAGCCUUCUCUGGCCAUUCGAAUUGGGUACGCUCGGCGGUUCUGUCCUCCACGUCAACGCACAUGAUUUCCGGUGGGGAUGACAAGGUGGUGAAGCUUUGGGACGUGGAGCGCAAGUCUUGCCUGCAGACCUUCAACGAAAGUGCUUCCAGCAUCACCUGCACCCGUUUCGGCCUCGGGGAUCAAGUCAUCAUUGCCAGUUCCUGGGACUCCAGCAUCAAUCUGUGGGACGUGCGCUCCUACGGCAUCCGGCAGCACUAUGGUAGAGCACAUGGAGGAAGCCCCAUCACGCAAGUGGCGGUCCACCCCCGCAGCGACCUCAUCCUUUCUUCCUCCACAGAUAGACAGCUGCGCGUGUGGGAUCUGCGAGCUGGCAGGCUUUGCUCCACUAUCCUCGGACAUGAUCGUCCUGUGCACUCCUGCUGCUGGGAUGAAGCCGGAGAUCAUUUUGUCAGCUGCGACAGUGAAGUCGCCCUCUACUGGUCCUGCCCGCCACUGGCAGCGCCAAAUCCACCUCCUCAGCCAGAGCCGCUGAUGGACGGAACUGAGACCCUGGGCCCAUCCGACCUCCCUGGGCCCGAAGCUACGCUGAAGCCCGGGUCCGCUGAUGCACUUCUUGAGGCCGCGUGGGCUGGACAGAAGGAGGUUCCUGAACCCCCGCGGCCUACUCUGGAAGAG